GACAGCUGAUUACUUCUUCGGCGCUUGACGUUUGCGUUUGGAACAUGACAUUUAGUGAAUGCAAUUAUUACAAAUGGCAGACUCUUUCUUCGAAUUUGAUACAGGCUUCGGCGUUGGCUCUGAAGAUGGAUCCGAAUGUCUAGACGACGACGAUUACGGAGAAGAAAAUAAUUACGAUGCAUUGAACGAUGAAACUUUUGGAUCGGAAGCAACUGCGGGUGAUUGGGAACAAGAUCAUGAAAAGCUAGCCCAAAUCACUGAACAAAGCAGACCACGAAACCGUAAUGAAUGCAGCAAAAGUGAAUCGGAAAUUGAUGUUGAGAAUAGUCUUUCACAUUUGGUACUCGACGAGAAAGAAGUUACUAUACCUCGACCCGGUGUUUGGGAUAGUCCAACAAAUUUUUCUAUACCUCCACCUCAAAUUCGACUAAAACCUUCAUUAUCAACAACGCUUAAAAAUGCAUGUACAGUGGAAGAAUUGGAAAGGGGACUUAUCACUAAUCGACCGCCACCUGGUCUCAUUAAACAAUCCGUGUCGCAGACUUAUCUACCUACGAACAUGACUGGUGCUAACAUAUUUGUUAACUCGAUAGCAUCGCUAGAUAGACUGCAACAAUUUAAUGCUGUGAUUACAGCUCUGAAACAAUUUCCCCAUGUUCUUCCCUCAAAUGUUAGAGUAGCACAUCCACAAUUUCAUCUUCAAAAUGUUCGACCAUUGCCUAAUCAACCUGGAAAUAUUCUUAGAUAUCCAUUACCACCUCCACAUUUACUAAUGCCACCUGGAAGUCAAAGACAACCACCACUUCACGGCAAUUUUCCACUUAACAGUUUUCACCAUUCACCUAAUUCUGGUAUAGGACCACAGACAUACUUGAGACCAGAUCAUCCAUUGAUGCCACCUUACGCAAACAAUCAUCAGAAUAUGCAACAACACAAUAUGCACAUCGGAAAUCAGAGAAAUCAAAAUAAACAAUUAAAUCAUAAUGAUCGUCAGGAAAAUCACCACCAACCCUUUUUCAGAAAUAAUCAAUAUCAUCAUCAUAAUCAGAAUCACAUAAAUAGGUACCAUCCCAAUCAUGUUCACCAUGGAUAUCCAAUGCACCAUUAUAUUAUGAACCAUCAUCAAAAUCACAUGGGAAGUAAUGGCAUAGGACCAUCCGGUGAACACGAUGAAUACGCAGGAUUGAUGAAUAACAGGGAAAAACAGUGGCUGAAUAAUAUACAAUUACUACAGUUAAAUACAAAUCAGCCGUAUAUUGACGAUUAUUACUAUACGGUUUUUUGUGAUCGAUUAAAUAAGAAAAACGAAACAAAAAAUCGCAAUAAAAUUAACAGCCAAAAGUCUAACAACAAUAUUGCAGGAAAUAAUAAUAAUGGAUAUCACAGGGAUUCAAGGGACAGAGAUCAACCUCAUCAUUCCUUUACUAAAGUUGCUAGUACUCCGAUGCAGUUUGAAAACUCUUUGGGAAAAUUGCAGUACAGUAGUGUUACAGCUCCAAGAAAAAUUAUUGACAUGGAUGUCGUUCCUAAUAGUGAUCCUCAUCAAAGUCAAUCUGUUCAACAAAAGGAUACAAAGAAAACUCGGCAACUUCUUUUAGAAAUCGAAAGGCUUUAUAUAUUGCUAUUAAAACUUGAGGACAAGAAUAAUCCUUUAGCUAUAAUAGCUGAUCAGCAACGCGAACAACAGCAACAGGAGAGUGGCGAAACAAUCUCUGAAUCUGAACCUAAGGACCCUGUGAAAGAAAAAGAAGAACUUAUUUUAUCUAUAAUGUCACCAUUUUUGCAACUUAUUCAAGAAGAUAAAUUUGCCAGCUUUCUUAGUAUUCGCAAAGGCAAAACAUUAUUUCUUCGAUUUUUACCGUGCAUUAACGUUAAGGAGAAUGAAUUCAAACUGUCCAAAUUAUGGGCUGCAGUUAUCAAAGGUUUAACAAUCAUUGGACGAAGGGAUUCUCAUUUGUUGAUUAAUUUUUAUACCGAAUUUCACAAAUGGGUGGAUGAAAAUUCUAUAAGCUUCCUGUUGUUGACCAAUUUAGCUAAAGAAUUCAUCGAGUCUGCAAAUCAGCCAUCAAAAAAUAAUAGCCUUACAUUUGCGCUUACAAAUAAGUUUGGCAUAUCAGUGAUAUCACUGAUGCUGAAACAUGCCGAAAAUUUACAAUGCGCAUACGACGUUAUAUACGAGCCCUUCACUCAGCAAUGGCCGAAAUUCCUGCGUGCUAUUAUCGAGUCUCUAGGAACGAGUUCGCCUGUUUUCUCACCCUGUCACGUUCUUGAUGCCGAAGGCUUGACGAGCCACCUACGACGUAAUGGCAUUGAGUCAGAAUCACAGGUUGCGGCAUUUGAGCUCUUUUUCACGGAGGCCAAUACCGCUUCAUAAAUAGUCGUCAGCGAAAUCGUCGAUAUUGGUUCUCUCGUUUAUAUAUAAGAAAAAGGAAUAAUAUAAGCAUUGCCGAACUCGUGUGCACGCCCAUGAUUUUCUUGUCAUAUUUUCCGUAAUCAACCUAUUGAUUAAUUAGUGAUUAUUAUCGUCGCGCCUAUCUUAUCUUAUUUUCUAGCUUAUAAUGACGAACUUUUCAUUUAAAGUAAUUAAAUAGAAACGAUGAUGAAGUUACGAAUAUUUUGCUAUCGUAAGAUUUCAAUUUAGAUAACAGAUGCGGAGCUCGUUCGGUUCGUCGGACGAAUGAACCGUUAACCUUUUUU